CUGAACCCGCCUUUAACCCCGCAGGCGGCGUACUUCGUGCAUUCAAGCGGAGCGAUCUUUACCGGCCUUUCGCUUCCUCUUCGCGUGACUGGAUACAAUGGCGUCCGGAACCCUCUACACGUACCCGGAAAACUUCAGAGCCUACAAGGCCCUGAUAGCGGCCCGGUUCUCUGGCGCCCGGAUCAAAGUCGCCGAGGACUUCGUAUUCGGCGAAACUAACAAGAGCGAGGGGUUCUUGAAGAAGUUCCCGCUGGGCAAAGUGCCAGCAUUCGAGACAUGUGACGGCAACUGUAUUACAGAAAGCAAUGCAAUUGCUUACUAUGUGGCUAAUGAACAAUUAAGGGGUAAGACCGACCUUGAACGUGCAUUGGUUAUCCAAUGGCUCGAUUUUGCCGACUCCGAAAUUCUCCCCGCCAGUUGUGCUUGGGUAUUCCCUCUUCUCGGAAUAAUGCCGUAUCAUAAGCAGACUGUCGAACAUGCUAAAGAGGAUAUCAAUAAAGCGCUCACCGUUUUAAACUCGCAUUUGCUUACACGAACCUACUUAGUGGGAGAACGACUGACUCUGGCGGAUAUCUGUGUAGCUAUGACGUUGCUGCACUUGUAUCAGUAUGUUCUCGAGCCGGAGCUACGUAAACCUUACCAGAAUGUAAACCGGUGGUUCCAAACGGUCAUUUACCAACCCGAGUCCAUUGCUGUUAUUGGUGCCUUUAAACUGGCGGAUAAGACCCUCGAGUAUGAUCCUAAGAAAUUUGCGGAAACUCAGGGAAAAGUUUCCAAGAAGGAGAAGAAAGAGAAAGAGUCCAAGAAGGAGCCAAAGGAGCCAAAAGAACCUAAGGAAUCGAAGAAGGAGUCCAAGACUUCAGCGGAGAAGGCUCCAGCAGCAGCAACAGAGGAGGAAACUGAUGCAACAGAUGAAGCUUUAGCUGCCGAGCCGAAAAAGAAGAAUCCCUUCGCUUCGAUGCCUAAAAGCUCCUUCGAUCUCGAUGAUUUCAAACGUUUCUAUUCCAACGAAGAUGAAUCCAAGUCUAUCCCGUACUUCUGGCAGAAGUUCGACCCGGAGAACUAUAGCAUUUGGUUUAGCGAAUACAAAUAUAAAAAUGAAUUGACUAAAGUUUUCAUGUCGUGUAAUCUAAUUAGCGGUAUGUAUCAACGAUUAGAUACGAUGAGAAAAGGCGCAUUCGCUAGCGCCUGUAUAUUCGGAGAGGAUAAUGACAACACCAUCAGCGGUAUCUGGAUCUGGCGCGGGCAGGACCUUGUUUUUACACUGAGCCCAGAUUGGCAAGUGGAUUACGAAUCGUACAGUUGGACGAAACUGGACCCGUCUAAGGAAGAAACCAAGGACUUGGUCAAGCAAUAUCUCAGCUGGAUCGGUACGGACAAAGAAGGACGCAAGUUUAACCAGGGAAAAGUCUUCAAGUAAAUCUUGACACGUGCAUCAAAUAAACAGAAAAUUCUAUUCGCAUUAAAUAAAUCUAAAAAAAAAAGAAUGACAAAAUAUAUCGCAAGACAGUUUGUACACGUCCUUCAAAAAUCCCAUAUUCGAUAGGAUAAAGCAGCAUCCGGGAUCUUUCGCCUAACUAUGUUCCUUUCUCUCGAUCUCUUUGUCGUGUAAUAUAUAUCUGUCUAGUUUGCAAAACAUUGGAAAAUGUCUUCAAGGGGUAUACAGAGAUAUAAAAGUUUGAUUGUAGGAAAAUGUCCAGAGUCCAUGAAUUUCUGUUAUCAGGAUGUCGCAUAAUAUUUAUUUCGAUAUUUCCCAUAUGUGCAUACACACACACACACGCACACACAAAACACAUUCAUACUUUUCUAUUUAAAUCAUCGGCACGUUCGAUCGUUUCGUUUAUGAGUUGUUAUUAGUAUCACCUUACAUACUCGUGUAUGUGGAACGAGACUAGCAAAUCUUUGAUGAAACGAAUGUAUCGUACAGCCACGUUCAAGUGGAGAAAGAGAACAAAGACUUACAUCCUGAGCCCUACGUUAAGCUUGUGAAAAUGUAAUUACCAGGAAUAUAUGUGUAGAUUUGUUACGAUUAUUAUUUAAUUCGAUUGCAUUGUGUAGCAUUGCGCAGCUGUGUUUUCAGAUCUUUUCAUUAAUUUAAGAUUAUCUCAGACGUGCAAUACGUACAUAUACCGCACCCUUGGCAUUUUCAAAGCGUGUACGAAUAAUUUCCUUAACAUUUACAUAAGCAUAUAUUUUCAAACUAAUAAAAAGGAUAAUGUUGAAGAA